UAUGGAUUUUUCAUACUUUUGACAAUGAUUCUGGAAAUCGGAGAGGGUAUUUAUAUAGCUGUUUAUCGUUACAAAUUGGCAGAAGGGUUUGAUAAAAGUCUAAAUGAAACCAUUAUUAAUUAUCGUCCUUCAGAUUCACCCAAUAGUAGAGCAUUAGAUUUUAUUCAAUCGACGCUUCAUUGCUGCGGUAAUCAUGAUUAUAUGGAUUGGAUUAAUUCAAAUCAUGUGGUUCCUAAAUCUUGCUGCAAAAAUGAUUCGUGUGAUACUUUCAACUUGGAAGAGAUUUACACGCAGGGUUGUUACAAUAAAGUUAUGGACUUUGUAAUCUCGCAUUCGGGGAUUAUGGCUUAUGUUGCAGUUGGAUUUGCACUUUUUUCGUUAGUCGGAGUAUUUUUGACGUGUUGUCUGGCCAGAACUAUUAAAAAGGCUAAUUACGAGCCGAUGGAAUAAAA